UGAAUCUGCACGCUGUGUGUGUUGUGAGCGCUCUGAGACGCGGAGCUGAGGAAAGUGAGUGAAGCUGCUCAUCGAGUGCUGUACUGCAUAAAAUCAGGUGGCUCGGCUGUAGGAAGCGGAGAAAAGCGGGGAGUGAGCCUGAAGUGGACUCGCACCGACAUCCGCCGCUGCUUGUUCCAGUCAGCAGAAAAGUCGGCGUAAAGUUCCUCCAACAAAACCCGAUGGCAGCAGAACUGGCGUGCAGGUGAACAGUACCUGGCUAAGCCCGGCUAACUGGAAGAUUCGUCUACACGUUGAACCCCAUCGUGCUUUUUGUUCCUUCGAGCGGCUGCUUCGUUUACGACUUUUCGCCCGAGAGAGUUGCGUCGCUUUUCGUAAUGUCCAGGAAAAAGGCGUCGAAGGGCAAAGGCAGCAGCGGCAGUCCAUCUGCCGCCACUCCGGCCAAAGAGAGCGGCCGCUCGACCAGGAGCAGCCUAGUGCCCGGGGUGCAGGCCAACGGAGUGGUCCACCCUAGCCGACCUCCGGUCAGCAGCAGCAGCGAGUUCUACGACAUCGCCUUCAAGGUGAUGCUGGUAGGGGACUCAGGGGUGGGGAAGACCUGUCUGCUGGUGCGCUUCAAAGACGGAGCCUUUCUGGCGGGCAGCUUCAUCUCUACAGUGGGCAUUGACUUCAGGAACAAAGUGCUCAACGUUGAUGGGGUGAAGGUCAAGCUCCAGAUCUGGGACACUGCAGGACAGGAGCGCUUCCGCAGUGUUACUCACGCCUACUACCGCGAUGCCCAUGCUUUGCUGCUCCUGUAUGAUGUCACCAACAAAGCUUCUUUUGACAACAUUCGGGCUUGGCUAUCAGAGAUUCAUGAGUAUGCUCAGCAAGAUGUGGUUCUGAUGCUGCUGGGGAAUAAGGCUGAUGCUUCACAUGACAGAUCAGUCAGGAGAGAGGAGGGCGAGAGGCUGGCUAAGGAGUUUGGGGUGCCCUUCAUGGAGACAAGUGCUCGAUCUGGCCUCAAUGUGGAGCUGGCCUUCACUGCCAUAGCCAAAGAGCUGAAGCACAGGUCCAUGAAGGAGCCAGACGAGCCCAAGUUUAAACUGCAUGAGUACGUCAACAAGGAGAUGAAGACCGCAGGGUGCUGCAGGUCCUAAAGCUACAAGUGUGUGUGUGUGUGUAUCAGUGUGUACAAUACUGUGCAAAUAUCAGAGACUACCCUUCAUUUAUUUAAUUUCUGUUCAA